GUAUCCCUGUUAGCAGACUGGUUGCUAACAACUGGUAUCAAAGGUCCCACGAUCGCUGAGCCUGGAGCCAGUGCACCACUACACGAGAGGAGCACGGAUGGCAGGGGUGGCGGAUCCGAGCAUCGCCACCGCGUUGGAAGAACAGUCCAAGUCGUUGAAAGCUCAGGCCAAAUCGCUCGACUCCACCCAAAAAAUCCUGCAGCGCAUCUGCGACCGCUUCGACGCCCAGGAUGCGCGCUACCGCGUCCUGGAAGCAUCCGUGGCCAGCCAGGCGGCGGAUCUGGCGGCACUCCGCGCCGGGGAAGGCGACGCCGUGUCCAACCUGCGGGCGGAUCUGGAGCAUCAAGUGGCGUCGCGGGUGACGGAGAUCGAGUCCUCCGUGUGGGACCGCGUCGACGCCAUCGCCGCGGACGCCAGCACCCGGGUGGCGGCGCUGGAGAACGUCCACGCGGUGUUCGAAAGCUGGCGGCCCAGGAUCGAGAACUCCGUUGACUCGUUGCGCGCCGAACUCUCCAAGGUCGCCAAGCUGCUCGAGCGCGGGGCGAUGACGGAGUCAGAAGCCUCGCCGGGCAUCCUUGGUGUCCAUCAAGCGGCGGCGGGGCGCCAGCCGGCAUCCGCGACGAACGCCGCAGGCCCUAAUGGGCACCGCGCUGCACAACCGGCACGGGAGGUGGGUGUUGGGUAUGUCUACGCCCAUACCCAACACCAACUCCCGGACAAUGCGUGAGGUCACGAGGAUCUGAAGAAUCAUCCUAGUAACUGGAAGUCUGUAAUCUCAAGUGUCAGGCAAGUUGUGCCCUUGAUCCACUUUUGUUACCCAGUAAUAUUCUUUAUUAUCACCAUUCAAUGCAUAGGUUUAAUUUUGAUGAGACUCAAUAUGUCACCCUAGUCUGUUUAUCCUUUUUACCUUGUUACCCCUGAAUCAAUUGGGUAGUUUUUGCUAUUGCUUUAUAUGAUUUUGGGAUUAAUAUUUCAUUAUAUUCAUGUUCCAAUUA